GUCUGGAUGGCGGUAGGCCGGCCACUAUCAGUAGCCGGUGCGGUCGGAUCGGCGCGCAUCAUAAGACAGCGCAGCCCGCAGCUUACUACGAUCGCGAUCCCAAAGACCAUAAACGCGCCAAACUUACAGCGUCUGGCGCCUGUUUGACAUCGCGCGCGCCGUGUCAUCACUUUGGGCUUUCGAGCCGGAUAACUCCUAAGGUGAUAUCCCCAGCGCUAGCUGAUUGAGGCCCUUAAAGUUACGAAUUUGGUCCUUCAUUCCGGAUAACUGUUCGGGCGAUUUUUGAAAUCUCCGGAGCUGCGUAAUCAAAACUUCAAGGUGUUAACUGAGCAGUAGGUGUUCAAAGAUUUCCGAUUGUUAAUAAUUUCAAGACUUCUCAAUCCGUUAUUUCGCAUAGCUUAAGAGAAGCAGCUGCUUUCCAGUAACGCUAAAACACUUUUUACAUGUGUUGCUGUUUUCCUUUUCAGUGUUGUAGCCUCUUGAACUCCGUCCCCACAUAAAGUAACUCCCUGAGUUAUAUGAGCUGCGAGCACUCAUAUUUUUGUUAAAUACCUUCCAUGAGCAAUUAGCAAACACAAUAAGGCUAUUCAGUUGGCCAGUUUCAUUUGCUAAUUUCCAUUAUCCAAAAAUCAUCCUAGGUAUUUCAAAGUGUAGGUAUCACCUUUUCUGGAAGCUUCAACUUCAAUAAUCCACAAGUGCAGUGUAGUGUGCCCGCUUAUUGGCUUUUUAAACAAUCGACCUUUCGAGAAAAGUGGUAGUGUUAAGUUAUAGUAUACCUUCUGCAAAUUUGAUUCUGCAAAAUUUCAACGACCUAAAAAGCAGAUACGUGGUACUACAGUGCAGAAACUAUGUAAAGCUAGUCAGACCUUGAUCCCACCGAGAAAAACAGUGAAUGUUGCUAGAGGGGAGAUACAGCCCCAGGUGUAUCCGCCACCUCCUGGUGGCUCUAACAAUCUUCUGGUGGAUGUCAGCGUUGGCUAGAUUCGAAGAAAUCACUGAUUUCAUCAGCAUCAACACACUGCCAGAUGGAGAAGUGGAAACCAGAAUAUAUUACAAAGGAGUGGUGGCCAAGGAAACCACCACAGCCAAAAAGUAA